AUGUUCAGUGAGCGUCUGGUUUCGAUUGCGCCCCCUGCUAGGACCGAUGACCCUGAUGCUCCUCCUUCCUACCUACCAACGGAACCUACGAAUCCGCGAUUCAAUGCCCAAGCCAAAAAGAACAAAAAUUUCCGCCCUGAUAUUCACAUCAUCUUGAUCGACUCGUGCUCAUCGACCCUGGCGAGGAGAGCCAUCCCGCAGACCCUCACUUUUCUCGAGCAAAAAAUGGGCGGAGUUUUUAUGCACCAUUUGAAUAGAGUGGCUGAUAAUAGCCACCCAAACGGAGCCCUGAACCGGAUCCUUGGCGUCGACAAGGAGUUCGAGAAGGAGAGGCUGGCAAAUUGCAUGGAAGAGUGGCACGCAUUACUGAAAUACCAUGGGCAGUUUGCCGCUGGGUACAAAAAUAACCCGAAAUUCGGCCUCUCCUGGCUGGUAUCACUACUUCACGGAAACGCAAACAUGCUCUAUCACACGGACGACUAUUUUUUGAAAUAUUUUCAAGAACAUGAAAAGACAUUCGACAACUCGUUCGUGUUCUUCAUGGGUGAUCAUGGGCCGAGGAUUGGGCCGACCACCGGCACAGAAAUGGGGCAGCGAGAAGUGAAUAACCCGAUGUUGAUGCUGAUGGUUCCGAAAUUUUUGAGGGAAAACAAGGAGCUGAUGACCAAUCUCAAAGCCCACUCGACGAGUCUGCUAACCCACUUUGACGUCUACGCGACGCUGCAGGACAUCUUAAAGAAUGCUCACGCUACAAACUACACAUCUUUUAAAUAUGAACAAAUUCUAAAUCCAAACCCAAAUAAUGGGACCUCGAUUCUGCGCCCGCGAGGGCCAUUUGAGGACAGGAAUUGCCAAAAUGUGCCGGUCACUGGGGAUUACUGUCUAUGUGAAUUUAAUAAAACUGAGAAAAAUUUCGUCCCAAUGGGCAAAUUUGCGGUCGAAUUGAUCAACGAAUAUGUGGAGCAGGAGAUGCUCACCGAUCUUUGCGCCCCGCUGAGCUUGGGAAAGUCUUCGCCCCCGGAGAGGUGGAGCCUCUACCUCGCCCAGAUGCCGACUUUGCAUCUCUCGUACGAGGGCAAGAAGAAGCCCGCCGAGUUGCCCCUCGUCACGUUCAAGCAGUUCCAGAAGCUGCCCCUCGAUUUGUGGGUGCUGGUCAGGAACGCGCUCACCCCGGCCGACCUGCUGUGCUUGGCCGAUGCCGAUCGGUUCUUUAAGGCCGUCCUCUUGCCUCCCGUCGCGAUUGUCCCUUCAUCUACCGUCUCCGGCGCGAAGCCACUGACCAUCGUCAAGCCGAAGGCUGAGAGCGAGAAAGCGGCCGACAUCCUCAUCACGUUCGAGCAGUUUGCGGAAAUGCCGCAGGACGUCUGGCUGCUUUUGAUGGAGCACUUCAGCCCGAUCGACAUGCUCAACUUGGCGUAUGCCGACGACUUCUUCAAGGGACUCAUCACGGCGUCGCCGAAACGCUGGGCCUCGUUCGUCGAGCAUACGUCGUCGGGCUACGGCGAACUUGAUGCCAAGUAUCGCCCGGAAUCCUGCACGGAAAUGGUGUUUUGCAGGACUUAUGCCCUGUCGCGCAGCCAGAAACGCUGGGAGGCAGAGCGCAAAUAUCUGCUCGCCUACGGCAAUGAAUACACUUACCCGCGCGAGGUCUUUGGCGACCCGCCAUUUGAGGAUGGGCUCUGCCGUCAUGUUCCGCCUGACGUGGGCACCAAAUAUAGCAGCUACAAGUACGUCCUGGAUACCAAGCUACUCAAGGAUUUCCACCGCAUCGUCGUCCCGGCCUUGAACACGCUCAUCGACCAAUGGGAGAGACGCGAGCGUGAGAUCGAUUACAUCACCUUCAACGCCCAGGAGUCGCCACAGCCAGGACGCCACUAUCGCAUGUGGAACAACUUCAGGGAGUUGCACCCAGAUAUCCUGCUGCUGCCAAAAGAAUUGUGCGAGAAGCGCACGGACCCGAUCCGGCUCUACGACCUCGACAGGCUGGCUUUGAUUCGGCGUGGCCCCGAGAGCCACGAGGGGCUCCUCAUCGGCGUCUACGGGGCCAGCAUCGUGCUCUUGGCCUGUGAUUACAACUUCCGCAGGCAGCGCACCUGUGACGAGCUCAACAAAUUCCUCCGCGACGCCUACGAUUUCUCUCGUCAAAUGCCUAGAACUCGGGCCAGUAAUCGGGCGGCCGCUGGCAACAACCCGCGAGAACUGAAGUACCAGUGCGAGACCCUCGUCAAGAAAUGGACCAAGAUGGAGCCCUACAACACGAUGCACGACCGGGAGAUGAUUGUGGACCAGGCGGCCGCCAACUGGCAGUACAACGUGUGGCCGUUUCCGGCGACCGAGAUUGGGGUGUCCAACGAAGAUCCGAUCCUGCACGCUUACCAGACGCAGAACGGCCACUUUUAUGAAGAUGAAAUGAUUAUGGAAAUGUCGUCUUCGGAUUCUGACGAUUCGUUU